GCUCCUUCGUCAUCCGCUAGCAAAUUAGCUGAAAGGGGGAAACAGUCUUAAGAAUGGCAGCGAUAUCAGUGUUAUCGACCCCAUGGGUUUUAAGCGGAGCUGUGGCUGUCCGCGUUCCCUCAGCUUCUCUUGUAAUCUCCACUGGCUCUAGAAGUUGCUGCUCCGUAUCUCUCAACACUGCAAACAACACUUCCGCUCGUUCUGGAUUGCUCCGUUGUUCGUUUCUUCCUUCUUCCUCCCUUUCAUGCUCUUCAUCUUUUUCAGGUUUUUCUUUGGGUUUGGACUGGAACUCCAGAAUUUGGGUUGGACAAGGAAAGGGUCGGAGCUUAGUGGUUAGGGCUGGCAAGGCUGCACUAUGUCAGACUAAAAGAAACAGGUCGCGUAAAUCCUUAGCUCGGACUCAUGGUUUUCGCCGACGAAUGCGGACCACCAGUGGUAGAGCUGUUCUUAAGCGCAGGCGUGCCAAGGGGAGGAAGGUCCUCUGCACGAAGUCUUACCCUAGUAGCGGAAAGGGUGCUUAAAUUUUUCUCGCUUUAACCAUCUCUAGGUAAAUUAGGCAAUGUUGUCUAAUUCACUCUUUGAAUGACUGGUCGAGAUAGCUUAUAUUAUAUGAUGCUUUCUUAUUUAGUCAUUUAAAAUUUUCUUAAAUUAUCAGUGUUAAAUUCAAAUACUGGACAAGACUAGCUUAUGUGAUUAAUCCUUUCGUAUUGUUCAUUUGAAAAUUUUCUCUGAAUUGGAAUAUGUACAUUUUCUGAAACCUGAGGAUUGCUGUUACUCAUAUAAUCUUGGGCCUUCCGGUCAUUAAUUUUUA